AUGGAAUCGUACUUUUAUAAACAUUGAGCGAAUUGGCGAGAAUGGCUAAUAAUGCAACGUGUCCUUAAUUUAUUAAUUUUGUACAUUCGCUUAACGCAGUAGUAGUUCCGUAAAGAAGGUACAAGACUUUGGUCUUGUAUGAUGCCCCAGGGUGUUCCUUGGCAGCUGGGCCUACUCCUUCUGGUUGUACCUGUUCAGUACUUUCUUACCACCUGGAAACCAACCAGUGAUCUUGAACGGAGAGAUACUAUUCAUCAACUAGCGUGGAAAUUUGAAAGUUGGAGAGCAAACACCUUUAAUGCAGUUACAUGGAAAAAGUGGUUUCAACAGAAGUAUAAUCAGAUUGUCUACUUUUUAGAGGGCAGGACACAACCCAUAUAUGGUGAUGAUGAUGAGGGUGAAAGUCCUGCUGUAGAAGUUCUAGAUUACCUGGAUAAAAAUGGACACUUUGCAGGAUCGUCAGAGCCAAGAAUUAAGCGACCUUCCAAUGUCAAAUUUCGAGUUGGUCAGGUGAUAAAACACAAGGUUCGAGGAUAUCGAGGAAUCAUUAUUGGUUGGGAUGAAACUGCCAAGGCUCCUGAAGAUUGGUUUAGGCAAAUGCACCCAGCUGACAAACCGCAUUGGAAAAAAAUGCCGAAUUAUUCAAUCUUAGUGGAUACUCGCGAUAUAUCAGCAGCACUAAUUACAUACGUUCCUCAAGAAAAUAUAGAAGUGAUAAGUAAUACUAGGAUUCUCCAUCCACAAAUAGACGACUAUUUUGAAAUGUACGAUGGAACCCGCUACCUGGCAAGGCCGUGGCUCAAACACAUUUAUCCUCAUGAUCAAUGACAUUCAAUCAAAUGUUAAAUUUAAUUGUUAUAAAUUUAUACUGUUAGUACAACUAUUGUGAAAUGGUGUGGCACAGCAGUUAAGUGUUUGGGCUCUCACAUGAAAAGGUUGGGUUCAAAUCCAUGUUGUCGCCCCCACACUAAAAUGUGUACCUGGUAGGUGGAAAUGAUAUGUACUCAUUACUAGCUGCAACGUAUGGAAUACUUACUCAGGGUGUGUGUUCCAUAGGUACUUGAUGUCUGGGGUAAUAAUCAAAUACAUAGCAGUUAAUACCCCAUUCAGACUAGCAUCGCAUUGCAAUCAGUUGUAGCAAUUGUGACACCCAAUCGCACACAAUUGCAAAGUAAAAUUGUGUGUGAAAGCUCACCAAUAGUAGUCGAUAUAUAAUCGAUAUCGCAAUUGUUAUGAUUGUGAUUGGGUGCUACAAUCUUUAUUACUCCCGAUUACCAUGGAAUCCGAUCGCAACGAAUCACAACA